AUGGAAAUGAUCGAUACAUCGAAACUGCAUCCUCACUGGAAAUCACCAGCUAGUAUGUUACGUCUUUCUUUCAGAGCCCGCAUUCAAGAUAGCAUUCUAACCAAAACUCUAGAUAGUUACGUGGUUCCUGGUCCCUCUACUGACAUAGACUCUGGUGAUCGGGAAUCAUCACAGAGCCACCAGGAAUUCAGUAGCCCAAAUGCGCCCGGGGAUACUUUCGUGAAUAUUGAUUUGGCUAAUACCUCGAUCCCGCCUCAGAAGGGCAAAAGCAACGACCAAAAAAAGAAAAAUCCGGGGCGAGUAUGCAGCAGACAAACGGCAUGGAACUGGGUUAUGAUGCUCGUUGUCUUCGGGGGAGUUGCAGCAACCGGCUAUUUCACAUGGAACGAGUUCCAUCAAGAAAAGCCCGCUAAGCACGAGCCUGGUCAGAACACUACCCAGGGGAACGGCACCAAUGUGAUUGUGACAAGGCGCUAUAUGCCCAAAGUCAUCUUGCCACUAUGGGAUGAUUAUGACGAUGAGAUCACGGCAGAAGAUAUACCAGGCGGCUUAUUGCCGGGCGAAAAGCCCGAGUGCAGUAUGAGGUCCAAGAAGCCCCAGUGCUACACGGGUCAUCUUUGUUAUAGACGAAAGUGUGUUCCUUGGUGCAAGACCAAAUGGGAUACUUGUUAUACCGGACAUACCUGCCUGCUCAAUGAUACGAGUAACUGGCGGAUUUGCAGCCUCGAACUGGAGUACCAGAUACCCUGCACCGAGAACUAUAAGCCCUGCGAGGGAAAUGGUGACUGCUGUACUGGGUCUUGUCAACGGAGGGGGGAGUUUAAUGUGUGUGUUCCACCGGGGAAAUUUGAGCAUCGGCCUAAUGGUUGGAAAGGGGAUUAUUGGCCCGAGGAUGAGGUUCAGCAGUAA